AUGGCUGGGGGAGCGAGAGACGGUGGUGGCGAGGAGGAUGCCAAGACGACGACGAACGAGGGACGCGGCGGCGGCAGCGACCACGCAGCGGCCAGGGCCACGACGAAUUCGAACAAGCAGCUGGUGCCGUUCCUUGGCAUGUUCCGGUACGCCGACCGCACCGACGCCACGCUUAUGGCGGUCGGCACGGUGGCGGCGGUGGCCAACGGCAUGACGGAGCCGCUCAUGACCGUCGUCUUCGCCGCCAUCAUCGAGUGCUUCGGCGCCGGCGACGACGCCACCAUCCUCCACCGGGUCAGCAAGGUUAUCAUGUACUACAUCUACCUGGGAAUCGGAACAGCAGUUUCUUCCUUCCUCCAGGUGUCAUGCUGGACGGUGGCUGGAGAAAGGCAGUCAACACGGCUGCGAUCGUUAUACCUUGAAGCUGUUCUGAGGCAAGACAUUGCAUUCUUUGAUGUGGAGAUGACAACUGCAGAAGCAACUUCAAGAAUGUCCGCGGACACUGUACUCAUCCAAGACGCCCUCGGUGAGAAGGUAGGGAAGUACAUACAGCUUUUGACGACUUUCAUCAGUGGCUUUAUCAUUGGAUUCAUUAGAGGCUGGAUGCUGGCCCUUGUUGUGCUCGCGUGCAUACCUCCAAGCAUUUUAUCCUUUGCGACAGUCUCCCGAUUGCGAGCUCAAAUAUCUCGAAAGAGGCAAGAAUCAUAUGAUGAUGCAGGGAAUAUUGUCGAGCAAACCAUUGGAGCAAUAAGAACAGUUGUAUCUUUCAAUGGUGAGAAGAAAGCAAUUGCAAUGUACAAUAAUCACAUAAAAAAGGCAUACAAGGCUACUCUCAUGGAAGGGAUCAUCACUGGUCUUGGAGUAGGUUGCAUAUUUUUUGUUGUCUUCUGCAAUUACUCUCUAGCUUUCUGGUAUGGCGCCAAGUUAAUCAUCGGCAAAGGAUAUACUGGAGGGCAAGUCCUCAAUAUCGUAUUUGCAAUUUUAACUGGCUCAGUGGCUAUAGGUAAUGCAUCACCAUCUAUUUCUGCAAUUGCAGAAGGGCAGUCUGCAGCACAAAGAUUGUUUGAAAUUAUCAACAGAAAACCAAAUAUUGACAUUACCGACACUUCUGGAAUAGUAUUAGAAGAUAUCGAAGGAGAUGUUGAGCUCAAGGAUGUGUUCUUUAGGUACCCUGCAAGGCCUGAGCAGUUGAUACUUGAUGGCCUGUGCCUGCAAGUACCUAAUGGUACCACAAUGGCUAUAGUCGGGGAGAGUGGAAGUGGUAAAUCAACAGUGAUUAGUGUGGUGGAGAGAUUUUAUGACCCACAGGCUGGUGAAGUGUUGGUAGAUGGAGUGAACAUCAAAAGUCUGCAGCUCCAAUGGUUAAGAGGAAAGAUAAGUCUUGUCAGCCAAGAACCAUUGCUUUUUAUGACCUCCAUCAAGGAUAACAUAACCUAUGGUAAAGCGGAUGCUACAAUCGAAGAGAUCAAGAGAGCAGCUGAGCUUGCAAAUGCAGCAACCUUCAUUGAAAAGCUGCCUGAUGCAUACGAGACAAUGGUUGGUCAACGUGGUUCUCAGCUUUCUGGGGGGCAAAAGCAAAGGAUUGCCAUCGCAAGAGCAAUCCUCAAAAAUCCAAAAAUCCUUCUUUUGGACGAAGCUACAAGUGCUUUAGAUGUAGAGUCUGAAAGGGUAGUUCAAGAAGCACUAAAUAGGAUCAUGGUAGGGAGAACUACACUCAUUGUUGCCCACCGCCUGAGCACCAUCAGGAGUGCAGACUGCAUAGCAGUAGUUCAUCAAGGGAAAGUAGUUGAACGAGGUGUCCAUGACAAGCUGAUUAAGGAUCCUGAUGGAGCUUAUUCUCAGCUUAUUAGGUUACAACAGGCACAUGCUAAAGAAGGGCAUGAGGUUCCAAAUACUGAUGUGUCAGGUUCAAUAUAUAAAAGUAGAAGUUUAUCUUUGGAACAAUCAAUAGACAGAGAUUCUCCCAGGAACAAAGGACAUCAUUCCUCCACAAAAUCCACUGGGCUGUCUGAAGAAUUGAACAAGCAAGUUUCUAUAGACAGACAGGAACACCAGGAAUCUAGUGAUAGUAAGGCUCCUAAGAAAGCAUCAAUUGGACGACUAUUCAAACUUAAUAAGCCAGAAGCACCAGUUCUCCUAUUAGCUGCUAUAGCUGCCUUUGUGCAUGGUCUUAUGUUCCCAUCGUUCAGUAUAAUGAUGUCUGGUGGUAUAAGAAGUUUCUACUAUCCACCACACCAACUUCGAAAAGAUUCUCGGUUUUGGGCACUGAUGUGCCUUCUGUUCGCAGUCAUUGCCCUGAUUUCAAUCCAACUGGAAUACUUUCUAUUUGGGGUCGCUGGUGGGAAACUUAUACAACGUGUCCGCUCUUUGUCUUUCCAGAGCAUAGUGCAUCAAGAAGUUGCUUGGUUUGAUGACCCUUCAAAUUCUAGUGGGGCACUUGGCGCGAGACUCUAUAUUGAUGCUUUGAACAUCCGACGCCUCGUCGGAGAUAACUUGGCCAUACUAGUGCAGUGUAUAGUAACACUAGUAGCUGGUUUUUCCAUAGCAUUUGCUUCUGACUGGAAGCUCACGCUGAUCGUCAUGUGUGUGAUUCCUGUAAUGGGCUCACAAAAUUAUAUUCAAGUGAAAUUCUUGAAAGGGUUCAGUGAAGAUGCUAAGGUGAUGUAUGAAGAUGCAAGUCAAGUCGUAACUGAGGCAAUUAGUAGUAUUCGAACUGUAGCAUCUUUCUGUGCAGAGAAGAGGGUAAUUACAUCAUACAUCCAAAAAUGCCAAGCUUCAAUGAAACAGGGCAUUAGAAGUGGAAUGGUUGGAGGCCUUGGUUUCAGUUUCUCAAACUUAAUGAUGUAUCUCACAUAUGCUCUUUGUUUCUAUGUUGGUGCACUGUUCGUACAUGAAGGAAAAUCAACUUUUAAAGACGUUUUUAGGGUCUAUUUUGCUUUGAUUUUCACAGCUUUUGGAAUUUCCCAAACAAGUGCAAUGGCAACAGAUUCAACAAAAGCCCAGGAAUCCACAACUUCCAUGCUAGCUAUUAUAGACAGGAGGUCUAAAAUCAACUCGACUAGUGAUGAAGGCAUAAUUCUAGAAAAAGUUGAUGGCAACAUAGAUUUCAGCCAUGUAAGCUUCAAAUACCCAUCCCGCCCAGACGUCCAAGUGCUCAGCGACAUUACUUUGGCCAUUCCAGCCAGAAAGACUGUUGCACUUGUUGGAGAGAGUGGUAGUGGUAAGUCAACAAUAAUUGCUUUGCUCGAGCGAUUCUAUGACCCAGAUUCUGGCACAAUCUCACUAGAUGGAACAGAACUUAAAAAACUAAAGCUGAGUUGGUUAAGAGACCAAAUGGGGUUAGUGAGCCAAGAACCUGUACUUUUCAACGACACAAUUCAUGCCAACAUAGCAUAUGGAAAACAAGAAGUAAGAGAGGCCGAGAUUGUUGCUGCUGCCAAGGCAGCUAAUGCUCAUGAGUUCAUAUCUAGCUUGCCUCAAGGAUAUAGCACUAUUGUCGGCGAGAGAGGAACACAGCUCUCAGGAGGGCAAAAACAACGGGUUGCUAUUGCAAGGGCCAUCUUGAAGGACCCAAGAAUACUUCUACUCGAUGAGGCAACAAGUGCCCUGGAUGCUGAAGCUGAGCGUACUGUUCAAGAUGCGUUAGACCAAGUGAUGGUCAGCAGGACCACCAUUGUUGUGGCGCACCGACUGUCCACAAUCAAAGGGGCAGAUAUGAUUGUAGUCAUCAAAGAUGGUAAAGUUGCUGAGAAGGGAAAGCAUGAAUACCUCGUGGGCAAGGGUGGAGUUUAUGCAUCGCUGGUAGAACUGCACUCGAAGUCAGCAUAA